AUGUUUCUUAAGGAUUUCGUAUCCGGCGGCUGCGAAGGAGGAAGCGGUACUGCAAAAGAAUGCACGUAUACUCGAGAGACCUCAAGCAGCAAAUUGCUGACGGAAGAUGAAAGGAACAAGAUUUCUGCAAAGAUUCUGAAAGCAGAGAUGAGAGGGGACACGGAAACCGUGAACAAGCUCAAGCGUAAAUUAGAUGGCGCAGCACCUACGCAAGAGAAAACUGAGAAGACUGUGGUUUUGCUGAAGCGAGAUCGAUCGGGAAAUGUGGUGCCUACUCCUAGUAGCAAACGCUCAUCAGAGCAUUUUGCAGAGUCGUCAUCUCGUAUUCAACGAGAAUACGGUAAACAACAAGGUGUAAGCGAAAUGGUUCGUGAGGAAAAAUCCUCUACAGCUGAGGAUCAGCUUAUGCUCUUUCAUCGAUCAAUUAUA